AUGACGAGAGCACUGCAUCAGCAAGAGGAAGCCAAUCUGCAAGCAUUGAAUAACCCCAAAAAAGGACGACGGACCGCCCAGCCUGGACUGCAAGCGAAAGGAAUCAUGUUUCAGAGCGCACUUGUUGCAAGCGUCAACAAAGAUGAAUCUCGCCAUGUUGCUGGCUGUUAG